AUGCUACUCGAGCAACAACUUGUAAAUGGCAUUGCUUACAUCCAUAGAAACAAUGUCAUACAUCGCGAUUUAAAACCUGAUAAUAUCUUGGUAUCAGAACAUGGAAUGCAAUUAAAAGUAAUAGAUUUUGGAUUAAGCAAAGAAAUGAAACCCGGUCAUUCUGUCACCAAAGCGAGCGCUUUAGGCAUUGGUACAGAUGGUUGGAGAGCCCCAGAGACAUACAGUGACAAUGUCAUAUCCAAACAAGCCGACGUAUUUUCACUGGCCCUUGUGAUACAUUUCAUUGAAACUGAUGGGAGUCACCCAUUUGGUGAUAACCCUGUUGGAUGGAGUUACCUUAUAAUGCAAAAUCAAGGUUGUGACCUGAGCAAACUUGGAAGUGAGAUGAGGGAUUUAGUCGGCUGGAUGCUUCGCCGAAUUCCAAGAGAGCGACCUACUUUGGAUCAAAUCCAACAGCAUAAAUGCUUUGGCUUCGACCAACCUCAGACAGUGGAAAAACUUAAACAACAGAAAGAUGAAGCAGAGAAAGAAAGCAAGAAUUAG